GUAGGUUGUGUAAAAUUGUACCUAUAUAACUUAAAUCACCCUUCAAAGUGGAUUGUCUUGACGCAGAUGAAGGGCUCGCAAUCCAAGGAACUGGAGCUACCGUUCUUUUUUCAUUUGAUAAAAUUCGAUUAUCUCCCAUUCCCUUGCCACAGUACGUGUACGGUCCCUAGGGGUUUAGUGCUCCCCUCUAUGGCCAUAAGAACACCAUGAAAGGAGAGGUGCAGUGAGAGUGUCAACAGAGGUGCGGCCCCACAGGAAGCAACAUCAUGUAGGAAGAAGAUGAAUGUGUCCAGCAGUAACCGAGAAGUUCUUCACCUCUCUGUGGCUCCUGGAGUUAAGUCAUGGAGCAUCUUCGUGGGUGAUUAGCUGUUGAUCCCCAACAACAAACACCAUAGGUGAGGUGUCAUAUCUAUCGGUGUGGGAGCAUCUUUUUACAGCCCAGAUGAACAUAUUCUCAUGAAGAUUGCUUACUUAACUGGUUGUCUGAUUCUUGGACUCACAUUCUUAGAUGACUGGGAGGACUGUGUAUUUGAUAAGACAAAAGGUCAAGUAACUAUGGUACGCCGCAACUGGUUUGAACAGUUAACAAAGCGUUGCGCUGACCACAACACACUGAUCCUUGAAAAUAAUAAUAUAAUGGCAGUGAGAGUUGUACAUGGCAGUGGACGCAGACUCAAAGAUGGCUAUCAGGUUGCAUUGGUACUAAGAGCUGGAGGCACGGUUCUUAUCUCCGAGACCAGCGUGGGACAAAAGAGUGACCAGGAACACUUAGCCAGAAAUAUUCGUAGUUUCCUUUCACUUGAUCGAGUGGAAGCUGUUAGAAAUCUUUGGACAGAUUGGACGGAAAGUGAUGAAGAAGAUUUUUUAUUUGUUUAUCAACCUCCAGUUGAGGUUGAAAGCUUAAAAGGGAGUGGGAAUCUAAAUUUUGAGGAAGUGAGGUUUGAAAAUGACAACCUGCCUGAGCACCAGCAACACGACACUGACAGCUCCAGUGAAGAGGAGCUCUUUGACGAUCUCUAAUGUCUGAGUCAAGUGAAUAGCAAUUCUUUUACUGCCAUAGUCUGUCAGAAACUAUUGUAAGAACUCAUCUUUUUACAUUUCACUCAAAAUCUGAGAAACUUAGUCAUAAUUUAUUCCCAAAUUGAAUGUUGAAUACUUUAUCAUUUAAAAAACAAUAAUAAUAUUUAUAACAAUAAUAAUAAUGACUUGAAGAUACAUAUACAGUAUUUUGAAAUCCAAAGCUAUUGUUUGUAAUCUUCCUCUCUGAAAGGCUGUGGUAGGAGAAUAUCACUGGUUUUGUUUGUUCAUAUUUGUCUAGCCACAGGAGAUAACUUGUUGGAGUGUCAGUGGUGCCAGAUCUCGACGAUGGUACUGAGAAUGGACAGGUUAUUUUUUUAUUUUAAAUGUUUUUAAUUCUCUCUUACUGUCUCACUCUUAUCUUCACCCUGGGCAAGCAUCAUCCUUACUCCAUGGAAGUGAGAAAUGGGGUAAUAAUAAUAGUUAUUAGUCCAAUCUUGUUAAUUUUGCCAUGUUUCUUGAGUGUUACUCAUGUGAUAUUCAAAUUUUGUACAAAUUUUAAUUAAAGCAAAUGAAUCAUAUCAGUUUAUGAAAUUUAUUUAUUGUUUUGUAAGUAUUAUUGUAUUUGGCAGUUGUACACUGAUACAAGUGUAACAAUACUUUUUUUCAAUUUAUUGUAUACAUUUGUAAAGCAUUCAACAUAUAAUUUUGUGAUUCUUUCAGCCAUUCUUAAGAUGAAGAAAUACUCAAACUUGUAUUGGGAGACUCUGUUAAAAAUAUUUUAAUAGUGCUCAAGGCUAUAAAUCAACCCUUCUCAUUAAUUAUGAAAAAAAUGGUAACAGUAAAAACAAUUUAACAUAAAGUAAUUAUGAAUUUUCACAAAUGCUUCAUUAUUCAUUAAACUGUACAUCUAUCUGUUGUUUUAAAAUGUUAAUGUAACUUAGCCAAUGUUGGUAUGCAUACUAUCCUCGUGUACAUCUUGAAUCUACAGGGAAAAAGAUUUCUAUUUUGUAAUAAAAGUUUGAUCUGAUAUAUAUAACUAUAGUUGUCAGCCAUGUAGAAGAUUAUGUUACUUCUUGUGGUAAGUAAAUACCUGAAAUUUACAAUCCAUUUUGUAUAAUUAAACAGUGAGAAUAGCUAGUAAAUAUUUUGUAAAAGGAAGUAGCCAUGCCCUUUGGAAAAUCCUUCAUAAAUCAUUAUCAUUACCAUACUAAUGCUUUUAAUACUGUACAGUAUCACAGAACUUUUUUUUUUUUAUCUUUUUAAUUCCAUAUUUUGCUUUUAACAUUAUAUUUAGGUAUCCUUAGUAGGGAUGCUUUACAGUUUGCAGUUUUUUUUUUUUUUUUUGUGUGUGUGUGUAUCUGUUGAUAUAUCUUAAUGUCUUUAUGUAUUGAUUUCUUACAAAACAUGUGCAUGCUCAUGAAUUGCAGCUUAUUUCAAACGGGAGAAAAAGAUGAAACAGUAAAGAUUUAUUUAACAGAAGGUGCUAGAGAGUCAUGAAAAAGGAAGCAAAAAGCUUUGAACCAAUAUAGGAAGUAUGCUAACCCAGAGACUUGCCAGAGAUUAAAAAAAAAAUAAGCUAGAUAUGAAUAUGCAAAUGUAAGAAUGGAGGAAGAAAGGCACUUUGAAAAAAAUUCAAGAGAUACCACAGGAGCAAGAUGGAGCCAAAUCUUUUAUUCGAGUUUGUAAAAAAUAAACAAAAUACCAAGUAUCAAGAACAGUAACAAAAAAGCCAUUUUAGAAAGAGAUAUGCAAGAACAUAAAUAUGAAGUUUCAAGGUAUGUUUUCAAAAGGAAGUUAUUGGAGGAUCAAAUCUCAAAGCUACACGCUUCCAUAAGGACCAAAAAUAUGGAAGAAAUUGCAAGAUAAAUCCAGUGAAAAGCAGAGACACCAUAAGUACAAUAAGAAAACACUGAACAUAGUGGUCCAAGACUCUUCAUUUUUAUUGUUGCAUUCAUGGAGAGUGCUAAACCCAUAGGAGGUUGUACAGCACUUGGAGGAAUUGGAGGCAUUCAGGAUUGACCCAAGGAAAAAGGGCAUAGGUCCAAUUCCUUAGACCAACAGCCCCUCACCGACAUUAAGGAACUUCCCAGACUCUCAGCCUGCUACCAGCAGAUAUCGGAAAUAUUACCAGAUAAAAUGUAGAAAUCUUCAAAAGAAAAAUGGAUCACUGCCUCUGCCAAAUGUCAGAUCAACAAGUCUGUGCUGGUUGUUUGCCAGCAGUCCAUUAACAGCAACAACCUGGGUGAACAAACAUUAAGCUCAGGUUGCAAGGAUAGAGAAACCCUUACAACCGGUCACAAAUGUAGUAUGUAUAUCACAUGAAUAAGAAAAAAGAGCUAGACAUAAUAACACCAUGGACUUUAACAAAAUGUAUAUAAGAAUUAAGCCCUCUAUUCUGGAAAUUUUUUAAUAUUUCAUUAUGAGAAAUUCAAUUGGAAGCAAAAUGAAAAAUGAUACACAUUGUGCCAUUGUUCCUAUACAGAAGAGCACUGCUUAUGCAGCACCUUUUUUUGAUUAUCCAUAUUUUUGUUGGCUUUCAGUUGAACCAUUGUUCAUUAUGUUCAGUGCAUUUACCUUUGCUCCACCAUUUUCACACAACAAUCACAUAAAGAAAGGAUGACAAGCUAUAUUUAGAGCUGUAUGAAUGGGGCCUUCCUGUAUUAAGAAGGUGGCAAAGGAAAACCCCUUUGAACUAUAGGCCUGUCUCGCUAACAAGCAUUGUUAUAAAAUUACUAAAAGAAGACAAAAAAGUGGAAAAAACACAGAGAGCAAAAACCCACUUAAUCUAACCACUAAACAUGUCUGUUCAUCAGCAAGCAUGCUAACUGCAUUUUAGACAACUCCAGCACCAUAACAUGCUUACUCUGGCCACUCAUCUCUGAGAGCCCCAGUUUUGCUGUGGACACACUUUGCUUUCCUAACUUACACAGGUUUGCUUUGCCAGUUGUUACUAUCAUCCUUUCAGCCAAUGAACCUUCCUCAACAUCUCCACUUUUCUCACCAUGUAGUGCUGCAUGAUGCUUUAGUGCUUCCCAAGAGCAUCACAAUAAUAAUAAUAAUCUUCACAGAUUGGUUGAAUACUGGAAUAAGAUAGAAGAGGCAGUAAAUGUUAUAACUAUGGGAAAAUUGUAAUAAGAGUAUGCACUGAAAACUGGACACCACCAGCAUAGCUCAUCUGUAGCUUUAUUAUAAAAAAGGAAAUCACUCAAAUGGCUCUGCUUCUGUAACUAUAGAUAGUAACACACGCAUAGUUCUGUUCUUGUAACUACAAAUUAGUACUCACACAUUUUCUUACUCUAAGACUGUAUUGGAGUAAGAAAGUGCAGGCCUAGAAAGUUAAACUUUGAUUCAUUUUUGGAGAUUUUGUUUCUGCUCACUUUUGUAUACAGUACAGUCAUUUAACACAAGUUUAUUUUGUACGAUUUGGUUAUAGCACGAAUUGAAGAAUUACGGCACAAUUUUAUACAACACUUCGUAAAAUUAAUUUAACAUGGUUCAGUUUGUGGGAGGGGAAAAAAUUUUCCUUUUCCUCAAGUGGCCGCCUUGUUGUGGGUCAGCGGGGGGGACCAAUCACCAUUCCCUGCCAUCCCCCGACACUCCUGACACCACCAUCCCAGCAUUCAUACUUCAUACAUGUCCAGUUCCACUUCUCUACUACAAGCUAGCUGUGUUUGUGAAUUGUGUUUUGAUCUUUUAAUUACCAUAUCUUGUAUCUGCCAAGCAGUCAUGACACCCAGUAGGCAUACCAGUGUUGCUGAAAGUGGCAAGAAAAGGUAUAAGCAUACAGUGGACCCUCGGUUAUCAGCUGUAAUCCGUUCCAGAAGCUCUGCCUAAAACCAAAAUGGCCAAAAACCGAAAUAAUUAUCCCAUAAGAAUUAAUGUAAAUACAAUUAAUCCGUUCCAGACAAAAAUAUUCACAAUUUUUUUUUUUUUAACAAUUAGUAUUACAUACCUGUAAUGAAAACUUAUGCUACACUUCUUGCAUGCCUGCUACACUCCCUGCAUGCCUGCUACACUCCCUGCAUGUCUGUUGCAUUCCCUGCAUGUCUGCUGCAUUCCCUGCAUGCCUGCUACACUUCCUGCAUGCAUGUUACACUCCCUGCAUGCCUGUUACACUCCCUGCAUGCCUGCUGCACAUCCUGGAUGCCUGCUACACUCCCUGCAUGUUAUCUACACUUCCUGCAUGCCUGUUACAUUCCCUGCACACCUGCUACACUCCUUGCAUGCCUGCUACACUCCCUGCAUGCCUGCUACACUCCCUGCAUGCCUGCUACAUUCCCUGCAUGCCUGCUACACUCCCUGCAUGCCUGCUACACUCCCUGCAUGCCUGUUACACUCCUUGCAUGCCUGCUACACUCCCUGCAUGCCUGCUACACUCCCUGCAUACCUGCUACACUUCCUGCAUGACUGCUACACUCCCUGCAUGCCUGCUAUACUUCACACUUAAAUUCUGUUGUGUUUCUCACUUUCUUUACCACAGGAACUUUCUUUGGAGCCGUGGUUACUUAUUUCGCAGUUGCACUGAAAAAAAAACACACACAAAAAAAAAUGUAACACAAGCGAAAUGUGUGGAUGUAUGAGCAGAAGCUUCCUUACACACCGAGAGACACAGCCAAACUGAUGUGCAAGCGGCCCCAGUGGCAGACAGAUGUGUCCGAAAUGCCCAAUCACCGAAAUAACGGCUGAUCACCAGGAGCCGAAAAACCGGCCGAUCACUGAGUUGGCUGAUAACAGGAAUGGCUGAUAACCGAGGGUCUGCUGUAUAAAUCUUAGAAUUAACAAAGAAAAUAGAAAUUUUAGACAAGAUAACCUGUGGCCGUAAUGAAGUUCGCUUUGUGCACAUAAAAUAAGGUAAAUGUGAGUGUGUGUGACUGAGUGACUUACUGAAUGACUUGACUGGCUGAAUGACUUGACUGACUUACUGACUUGACUGAAUAACUUACUGACUUGACUGACUUACUGACUUGACUGAAUGACUUGACUGACUGACUUGACUGACUGACUUACUGACUUGACUGAUUGACUUACUGACUUGACUGACUUACUGAAUGACUUAGACUUUUUCACUGAAGAGGACCCUGAAACUGUCUAGAGCAGCUGAUGCCUUACCGUCAACUGUAUAAUGUACUGUAGGGUAAAACAGAACAGAAAUCCAUUGCAGAAUUUAUGCACACUCCAGUACAACCAUCGACUUCAGUACCAGAACCUCUACCAUCCACCGCAGCCCAGUAAAGCCACAGCAUAACUCUCCUCUCGUCCACAAACACCAGCACCCACAAUUUAAGGUAAAUACUAUUAUUUCUGUUGCAGUUGUAAUCUUAAGCAGUAAGAACAACAUAAUACAUCAUGACAAUGAACUACAAUUACAUAUUCACUUUUAUUUUUGUAAGAUGUGGAGGCCUAAAAAAAAGUUGUUUGGCUUUUUUGGGGCUCCCAGGAACGUAACCCUAUUUUUUCCCAUAAGUUCAGUUUAACACAGUUUUACCUCACACAGCAUUUUCAGGAACGUAACUUCCGUGUUAAAUGAGUCACUGUAUUUCUAAAACGAUAAAUUUUAGGUAAUCACAUUCAUUCUGGCAUGUGAAUACUGUACUGUACUUUAGUGUUAUACCAUACUGUAUGCAUUUUUCAUCAUUGUAAAUUUCAUAGUAGCUUCACUUAUAAGUAAUUACUUUUUAUAUUUUUAUAGCAGUUUGGUUUUGUUAAUAGCUCCAGUGUAGUUUAAACAGUCAUACUAAUAGGUAAUAAAUUAGUAUGCAUUUUCUUUUUGGCAAUGUCAUCUACUGCUUAACCCUAAAACUGUUCAAACGUAGAUCUAUGUUCAUGUGUGUAGUGCUCCAACCUUGAUUUUCCCCAUUUGAAAGCAUGUAAAAAAAAACGUAGAUCGAUGUUCGGAGCCCCCCGCAUGUGGACGUAGAUCUGUGUUUGGACAGUUUAAGGGUUAAAUAAUUAGCCCUCUGGCACAUUUAUGUAACCAGUUACAGUAUAUAGCCUCUCCUCACUUAGCAAUGUACUCGUUUACCGAUGACUCGGAAUUACGACUGACUCUUUGACCAGUAUUCAUACCUAAAUAAUGUAUGUUAGAGCUGAUUUCCUCUAUUCUGUUUAUUACAAUAUACAGUACAGUACUGUAUAAACAUUUAAAAAUGUACCAGAAAUACUAUAAAUGGUACAAAGGUGACAUUAAAACAUAUCAAAGAUGGUUGACACAAAUCCACUACCAUUAUGGUAUGCUCUUCACUUACCGACGAAUUCGUUUACUGACAAGGUCUUAGGAAUGGAACUCCGUUGUUAAGUGAGGAGAGGCUGUAUUUCGAGAACUGUACUAUGUAUAAUUGAGCCACCAGAGUGUGGCACUUUUUUUUUUUUGUGUGUGUGUGUGAUUAUACAGUAAUGAAGAACUGUAUAUACUGUACAGUACGUAGUUGAAUUUCUUCAAUAUUUAGAGCCAGAGGGUCAUACUUAUAAUAGUGUUUUCCAGAACAAUAAAUAUUUCAUGUAA